AUGAACGAGCCUGCGGCAGAAAAGCUGCGAACUCAAGUGACCCGGAGGACUCAAAGGGCAGGCCCAGGACGGGAGUGGGUGCUGACAGCGCGUCUGCUAACCGCUGGUAUUUUGGCUUUCCAGGUAAACGAUCCCGACGCAGAACUCUGGGUGGUUGUGUAUGUGAUUCCUGCAGUGCUGACCUUGCUUGUUGGACUCAAUCCUCUUGUCACAGGUAACCUUAUCUGGAGGUGUGUGUCUGCAGUACACACGUUCUGUUGCAUGGUGUGGGCUGCCAUCCUGGCGUACUACCUGCUGUCUCACACACAAGGGAACAUCUUACACGAGGAAGAAGGCAGGGAGCUGUCUGGUCUGAUGAUUAUCACAGCAUGGAUGACUCUGUGCCACAGUUCAUCAAAGAAUCCAGUUGGUGGAAGAAUUCAGUUGGCUAUUGCCACUAUAAUUGCUCUUUUCCCAUUUAUGGCAUGGGUGUACAUAUAUAUUAACAAGGAGAUGCGUUCCUCCUGGCCAACUCACUGCAAGACAGUAAUUUAAAUGAAGAAUCCUGUUCUCAGAAUGAGAAAUCUCAAUUUUUUAUAAGCAUAGAUUUUAUUUUUUUAAUCCUAAGAACUUGUUAAGGCUGACUACAAUACAAGAUAGGGUUGGAUGGAACUAGUAAGAGACAGAGUCUGACAUUCUAUUGCAUCAUAGUAUAGUAGAAAAGGCAGUUGAGAAAAGGUUAAGAAAUAUGAAUUCUAACUUAGCUUCCUCACUAUCUAUGUGACUUGGGCAAAUAAAGAAAACCUCCUGGUGGAUAUUUCUUUAUCUGUAAAACAAGAUUAACACUAGAUCUACUUACACAGUUGGGAGGAUUAAACUAGAUUAUAUGAGAGCACUCUGGAAAUAUAAAGUGCUUACAAAGGGCUACACAUGAU